GAAGUUUGAGAAGCCCCGCCCGGCUGGUGCAGCCCGUCUGUUCUCACUCACACGCGGCAUUCGCUUUCACUGAGGCCGUUGUCAGGACAAACCCCGCAUUACGAUUGUCAGCCCUCGGAACAGAAAAAUUCUUUAUUUAAUGAUAACAAACCGAUCACCUCUCGGAAGAUCAUAAUGGGUCCCAGAGGAGCGCUUUAAUGAUGCUUUUCACAAAACGGUACCUCCACUUGAAUAUAUUACAAGACAGCCAGGAAAGCCAUGGAUGAGAAUACGUCCAACUGCUCGCUACCGUAUGAAAAGGACAAGAUCCCCCUAAUGACUGUCUACACUAUUGCCAUCAUUAUUGGAGUCCCAGCUAACUUGAUAACCAUUGUUUUGACGUUUCAACAAGUUCAAAGGAAAAAUGUGUUGGGAAUAUACCUGCUGAGCUUAUCUCUGUGUGAUAUGAUGUACCUGUGCACGUUACCUCUGUGGUUGGUCUACGUAUAUUAUGAACAUUUUUGGAUAUGGAGUGACAUGGCAUGCAAGAUUACUGGAUAUGUGUUUUUCAAUAACAUGUACAUUAGCAUUUUCCUCCUGUGCUGCAUCUCUGCCGACCGCUAUAUGGCUGUGGCGUACUCGCUGGAGUCUCGAGGGAUACGACAACAGAAGUUGUCCGGUUUGAUUACCUGUUUUAUCUGUAUAGCAGUUGCUAUAACUCACAGUCCUGUGUUUAUAAUGGAUGAAGGGAAGACAAACCAGAAUCACCACAAAUGCUUUGAACCACGCAAUUCGACGGCAAAAGUGGCGGGCUUUAAUUAUGCCCGUGUCUGUGUUGGAUUCUUGAUACCAUUAGGUAUCUUGAUUUACACAAACCGUGGCAUCUUGGCAAACAUCCAGGCCAGCAGUGGACUGCAAAAGCAUCAGAAGCUGAAGAUUAAAUACUUGGUCCGUGCUGUGAUCAUCCUCUUUUCAGUUUGCUUUGCCCCUUAUCACAUCAUUUUGCUCCUCCGAGCCAUGAUGUUUCAUGUAUUGAGCAAUGAUAAUGACAGCUGUAAUUUUGAGAGAACAAUCUAUUUGCCAUACACAUGUUUUCUGGGCUUGUCUACAAUCAAUAGUGCACUAAACCCUAUACUGUACGUCCUGGCCAGCGACAACAUCCGAAAAGAGUUACGACGUGGCCUGUCCAGCAUCAGGAGUCGAACUUCCUCGCAACACCGAGUCACUGACAGCAGUCUUCCGAAACAGCACUGCUCUAAAAACUCACUGGAUUCAACUCCAUCCCGAGAAAACAACUCCUCCUGAGCAGCUGGCCAGCAAGUCAUUCGGUGGCCAGCCUUUCUGCUUCUUCAAUUUACUUUUUUUGGAACAAUUUUGUUUGUCAUAUUCAUGCACUGUCCGUGGAAAUGUCUUUGAUAUCUUUAACUCCAACUCCAUUCCCAGUCCAGACACUCCACAGUAGAUCAGCAGGGUCUUACCUGUAUGUAAAGUGGCUAUUUGAUUUUAUUCAUAUGCAAAUGUUUAUCUGUUUUUGUACCGUAUUUUGUAUAUUUGCAACAAAUAAACGCAAUGACACGUUGA